UCUCUCUCUCUAUCGCAUAUAUACAAUAUGUUACUCAGUCGUGUCACGAUGUGAACUUGAAAACUAGAAACAGAAAUACCAAUUAGUGAAACUUUGUGUACGUAUCAGUUGUACGUGAAACAAAUGAAAACAACAUUGUGAUAAGUACGAACAAUUGCAGUGUGAUAAUAAUGGAUACAGACGAGGAUGCCGUGGCUUUGGAACCAUUUAGUAGUCCAACAGGUUUAUAUAAUGGACAAAUAAAUAUUCCUCAGGUGAUGAAAUAUCAAACCAGUAUAUACAGAUUUAGCAGGAGAGACAUAGGUGAUGGAAUAGGUAAGUUGUCAAGUUUCCUCAAGACUAUCCUAAGACCUAAGACUGAAUCACCGCUAGUCGACUUAAGUUCGGAGGUGGUGCAGUCUAUAAGUGACAUCCUCCUGACUGUCUAG